GGCCAGAGCGGGGCCCGACAGAGGCCAGCUCGGCCCCCCAGGCCCGAACCAUGUCGGCCCCUCGCGGCGGCUUCUACCGACAGGAGCUUAACAAGACGCUGUGGGAGGUCCCCGAGCGCUUCCAGAGCCUGAGCCCCGUUGGCUCGGGGGCCUACGGCUCCGUCUGCUCUGCAUAUGACACCCGCACUCGGCAAAAGGUGGCUGUGAAGAAACUGUCCCGGCCCUUCCAGUCCUUGGUCCAUGCCAGGCGGACAUACCGGGAGCUCCGGCUGCUCAAGCACAUGAAACAUGAAAACGUCAUUGGCCUGCUAGAUGUCUUCACACCAGCUACUUCCAUAGAAAACUUCAAUGAAGUGUACCUCGUGACCACCCUGAUGGGGGCCGACCUGAACAACAUCGUCAGAUGCCAGAAGCUAACGGAUGAACACAUCCAGUUCCUAGCAUAUCAGCUGCUUCGGGGGCUGAAGUACAUCCACUCGGCCGGAAUCAUCCACAGAGACCUGAAACCCAGUAACCUGGCUGUGAACGAAGACUGCGAGCUGAGGAUCUUGGACUUCGGGCUGGCCCGCCAGACAGAUGAUGAAAUGACGGGUUAUGUGGCCACUCGCUGGUAUCGCGCCCCCGAGAUCAUGCUCAACUGGAUGCAUUAUAACCAGACAGUGGACAUAUGGUCCGUGGGCUGCAUCAUGGCGGAGCUCUUGAAGGGGAAGGCCCUGUUCCCUGGAAAUGACUACAUUGACCAACUCAAACGGAUCAUGGAGGUGGUUGGGACCCCCAGCUCUGAGCUGCUGAAGAAGAUCUCAUCAGAACAUGCCCGAAAAUACAUCGAGUCCCUGCCUCACAUGCCCCAGAAGGACCUGAGAAGCAUCUUCCGAGGAGCCAACCCCCUUGCUGUCGACCUGCUGGAGAAGAUGCUGGUCCUGGACAGCGACCGGAGGGUCAGUGCCACGGAGGCCCUGGCACACCCCUACUUUGCCCAGUACCACGAUCCCGAGGACGAGCCCGAGGCUGAGCCCUAUGAUGAGAGCAUUGAAAACAAAGAGAGGACCAUUGAGGAGUGGAAGGAGCUCACCUAUGAAGAGGUCAUCAGCUUCAAGGCCCCUGAGCUGCCAAUGGACGGCCUGGAGAUUGAGCCAUGAGGAGGCUGGGGGCCACAGGCACCACCUUGGCAGGGCUCGACCCUGGUGCCCAGCUUCACCCAGAGGGCACAGAGCAGACUCUCAGGAAGCUGGCAGCAGGCUCUGCAGCAGAGGCGACCUCAUUCACUGGGGUCGGGGGUGGGGGGAUCCUUCCAUGGACCGGAGGACAGUGUCUGGAUAAACAAGGAUAAAGGAUGCUUAGAGGCUUGUAUGCCUACUACCUCCAAAGGCCUCUGCCCCACUCAGGGAUAGAAGUCACAUGGGUAGGACCGGGGCAGGCAGGAUGCCGGGGCCCCAAGGCACAGCCUCACUAUCCUGUGCCUACCUCUGGCAGACUUUCGGAACCCAGGGUUGGGGAGAAGGGCCAGAGAACUGGCCAUCUCUGUGCUAGAGCCUGGGCCUCACAAGGAAGACCUCUAUCUUCUCUGGCCGGGAGAUGGGGGUCGGGGUCGGGGGAGCUGUAUCUGUGUGUCUAGGUGUGUAUUUCAACAUGUGUGUCUGAACAAAGACAUAUGUAUGGGGAUGAAAAUGGGCAAGCUGUGAAUGGAGCCUUGCACGUGGUUUCAGAUUGCUCCUGUCCAGAGCGAGGGGGCUACGGGCUGCCAUUCCCGGCCCUGCUCAGGCCUCACCUGGAGCAUCAGGUUCAGGCCUGGGCAGCACAUUUUAGGAAGGACAUUGACGGGUUGGACAAAGCUCAGAGCAGGAUGCUCGGGAUGUUAAGAGGCCUGGGCCCCGGGGCAGAUGAGGCCCGUUUGGAGGAACUGGGGAGAACACACCCAGUCUGGAGAAGAGAAGGCUUCGGGAGUACUGGAUACCCUCUUCGUGUGUGUGGAAGGCUGUCAUGCGCCCAGCGGGCAGGGCCAGGAGGCACAAGGAGGCAGAUUCAGCUCCUUGUGAGAAUGAUCAGAGCUGCCCCAGAGAGGAAAAAACUCCUGGAGAUUCUUGGGUGGGCAACUGCCCCCACAAACACACACACACAUGCAUACAUGCACACAUUCACACAUUGCACACAUAAACACAUAAAU